AUGAGUGUAGAAUCAUCAGUACUCGGAUUCCCACGUAUCGGUGCCAACAGAGAAAUCAAGAAGGCUGUCGAAGCUUAUUGGGGUGGAAAAUCAGACGCAGAAGCUGUUAUCCAAGCAGGUAAAGAGACUAGGAACAAGAACUGGCAAUACAUGAAGAAUGCUGGUAUCACCCACGUUCCAUCGGGUGAUUUCACUUUCUACGACCACGUACUUGACCAUAUCCAAUUCCUUGGUGCUACUCCUGAGCGUUACUCACGCCACAACCUCACUGACCUCGACACUUUCUUCGCUAUGGGUCGUGGUCGUCAAGUUGGCGCUGUCGACGAAGCCGCAAUGGAAAUGAAAAAGUGGUUUGACUCAAACUACCACUACAUUGUUCCUGAACUCUCUGAGAACACCAAAUUCCAAUACCGCACCAAGAAGAUUGUUGACGAGUACAAGGAGGCUAAGAACGCUGGCGUUGAAACUCGUCCUGUUCUUCUCGGUCCUAUUUCCUUCCUCCUUCUCGGUAAGGCUGCACGUGAUGCCUCUCCUGGCUUUGAACCAAUCAGCCUCCUCGACAAACUUGUGCCUGUUUACGAGGAAAUCCUCAAAGACCUCAAGGCUGCUGGCGCUCAAUCUGUUCAAAUCGAUGAACCUAUUCUCGUUCUUGACAAGGCUGCUCCGCUCGCUGCUCAAUUCAAGUCUGCUUACGCUAAGCUCGGUCCUGCUGGCCCUGCUGUCACCCUCGCUUCUUACUACGGUCGCUUAGACUCCAACCUCGAAUACGUCAAGGAUCUUCCUGUUGCCGCUAUUCACGCUGAUCUCGACCGUGAGCCUGCUCAACUCGAUGCUAUCCUCAACGCUAUCAAGGACAAGAAGACCGCCGUCUCUCUCGGUGUCGUUUCUGGUCGUAACAUCUGGAAAACUGAUCUCGAAGAUGCUCAACGUUUCGUCAAGAAGGCUACUGAUGCUCUCGGUGCUGACAGAGUCAUGGUCGCCUCAUCAUCUACCUUGCUUCACACUCCAGUUGACUUGAACAACGAGAAGAAGCUUAAGCCUGAAAUUAAGGACUGGUUCUCCUUCGCCAGGCAAAAGGUUAACGAGAUUGCUUUGCUCGGUCGCGCCUCAAACGCUCAAGUCUCAUCUGAAGACAAGCAAGCCUUGGAAGAAAACAAGGCUUCUAUCAAGCGUCGUCGUGACUUUGAGACUCAAUCAAAUGACACCGUUCGCAACCGUGUCGCAAACAUCACUCCAGAAAUGUUGAAGAGAAAGAACCCAUUCCCAGUCCGUCGUGAAGCUCAACGUGUCAAGAUUAACUUGCCAAAAUUCCCAACCACCACCAUUGGAUCAUUCCCACAAACUCAGGAAAUUCGUAUCGCUCGUCAACGUUUCACUAAGGGUGAGAUCACUGAGCAAGAGUACGACGACUUUAUUGCCAAGGAAAUUCAACAAGUUGUUAAGGUCCAAGAGGAGAUGGACUUGGACUUGCUUGUUCACGGUGAGCCAGAGCGUAACGAUAUGGUUCAAUACUUUGGUGAGCAAUUAGAGGGUGUUGCCUUCACCACCAUGGGAUGGGUUCAAUCAUACGGUUCCCGUUACGUUCGUCCACCAAUCAUUGUGUCUGAUGUCUCUAGACCAUCACCAAUGACUGUUAGAUGGUCCAAGUAUUCGCAAGAAGUUUCUUCUAAGCCAAUGAAGGGUAUGCUUACUGGUCCAGUCACCAUCCUCGCUUGGUCAUUCCCACGUGCUGAUGUCAGCAAGGAGAUCCAAUCCAAGCAAAUUGCAUUGGCAUUACGUGAUGAGGUUGUUGACCUUGAAAAGGCAGGUAUCAAGGCUAUCCAAGUUGAUGAGCCAGCUAUCAGAGAAGGUAUGCCAUUAAGACAAGGCGAUUGGGCUCCAUACCUCCAAUGGGCCGUUGACUCUUUCAGAUUGUCAACUUCAGGUGUUGAAGAUGGUACUCAAACCCACUCUCACUUCUGUUACUCAGACUUUAAUGAUAUCUUCUCAUCUAUCAAGGCACUCGACGCUGAUGUCAUCUCGAUUGAAGCUUCAAAGAGUGACAUGAAGUUGUUGAAGGCAUUCCAAGACAAUGACUACUCGAAUGAGAUCGGUCCAGGUGUUUGGGAUAUCCACUCUCCACGUGUUCCACCUCUUGAGGAGAUGAAGCAACGUAUCACUGAUAUGCUCAAGCUUAUUCCAGCAGACAAGCUUAUUAUUAACCCAGACUGUGGUUUGAAGACUCGUCACUGGGCUGAGACUAAGGCUUCAUUGCUCAACUUGGUUGCUGCCGCCAAGUGGGCAAGAGAGAACUACUAA